CGGCGGCAGCAGAAACAGCAGCGAAAGAGGCACAAGGAAAAGAUGCGCUGCCCCAGUAUCUCCUUGUGUGGGUUUUUGUGGGUCUGGCUGCCCCUCUUCCACAGCCGGCCUGUGAAAAUUGACAAGGUUGUAGCUGACACCAGAAGCCUCACCAAGACCAUCAUUGCCAGGAUCCAGGAGCAUCAGUUCCCUCCAGUGAGCCCGAAGGUAAACGGGUUUGAUUUCAUUCCUGGGCAGUUGCCUGUAGAGAGCCUGGAGUCCAUUGAUGAAACCUUAGAGAUCUUCCACCAGCUCCUCUCCAGCUUGCCUCCACAAGUGCCGGUCACACAAAUAUCCAAUGAUGUGGAGAACCUCCGGAGCCUUUUGCAGAUGCUGGGCUCUCACCUCCGCUGCCCGCUCCAGAGACCUUCUGUGGCCGACGCCCUGGGAAACCUGACAGAGCUGAUGGCCAUCUCCCCAUACACCAGGGCAGUGGUGACUUUGGACCGGCUCCAGAAGUGCCUACAAAGUAUUGCCAAGUAUCUGGAUCAUGUUCAGAACUGCUAGGUGUCUGGGAAUGGGGAGUGUGUGCAUGGAAAGGCACUUGGUCUCUUUGGUUUUAGAUUUCCUGAUCAGGCCAAGUCUUACUUAGGGGGUGUGACACCUCUGCAAGAAGCAAACACCUCAGGUUAUAAUAUCUCUCUGUGACUAAAGCAAAACCAGCCUCAGUGGAAAAC